GCAGUCACCACAAUCCGUUAGCCGGUGACCACUAUCAGAGCUCUAGAAGGAUUGCAAAGAAACCCGGGAUGAAUAAAAACUGGUUGAUGGGUUUGCUUCUGCUCUUAGGAGUAGUACUGCAGGUGAAGUGGACAACAGCAAAGCCUUCGACUAAGAAGCCACUACCAUCAUUCCUCAAGGUGUGCCAUCGAGAUUCCCCGGACUUGAACACAUGCGCACGUGAAUCCUAUGAAAAACUGCGACCGCGACUAAUGGAGGGCAUUCCCGAGCUCUUUAUACCAGCCAUGGAGCCACUAAUCGUUCCGCAAGUGAAGAUGGACCAAGACUCCGGUGCCAUCUACCUGCACUCCGUGUACCGGAAUGUCAAAGUCACGGGCAUCUCAAAGCACACGGUGAACGAGCUGCGCUUGGAGCCCUCAAAGCUAAAGUUCAUUGUGUCGCUGACCUUCCCCAAACUGCACAUGGAAUCGGACUACAGCAUUAAGGGAAAAAUUAUGAUGAUGCCGCUUCUUGGCGAUGGUCACUGCAAGGUGGAUCUGAUAAACAUCACCAUGCGCACGGAACUGAUCGGACAAGAGUACAAAAGGGAUGAAGUCAAUUAUCUUAAGAUAAACACGGUAAAGGUUAAGUACGAGCUAUCUGAUGUGCACAUACACCUGGACAACCUGUUCAACGGCGACAAGGCUUUGGGCGAUCGGAUGAACGAGUUCCUUAACGAGAACUGGAAGGCCUUGGCCGAGGAAGUGCGUCCGUUGAUGUCUAAGGCGCUGGUGGACAUUUUGAGAGCUUCCGUGGAUAAGCUGUUUGCGUCUUUCAGCUACGAUGAUCUUCUACCCAAGGGCAGGUAUUAGGUGGAGAUAUUGGUGAACAGCAUAUUUUCCAUCUUAAUGAUUUAAUCGUAGUACAAAAAUUAGCCUACAAAUAAGCACACAAUUAAAAGCGAAAUAAAUUAUGAAUAUAAUACAUAAA